AUGUUUGAGUACCUUACUAGCCCUGUGGAGGUGAUACCUGGCACAGGUGAAGCGGUGCAGAUUACACCGCCCCUCACUACACCGGUGCCUCAUGCAGCAGAGCUGGAAGGAAUGUUGGCUCUGAGCCAGGAGCUACCAGAGCAGUGUCACACCGGGGAGCGGAGGGCAUCGGAGCCCCGUGUGAGGACUACGGGCCGCGGCCACACCGGUGAGUCACCCUGCCUGACAGAUCCCCAUCCGAGGACUGUGCUGGCUAGUAAUCACAAGGCUUCAGCGGCUGUGGGUAGCGGCGUGGGUUUUCGCUUUCGGUCGGGAGACGGAGCGGCGGCUAAUGCGGGGCAAGCUAACCUUUGUGGGGAAACCGACAACGUGCCACAAAUGUGCUGGGAUGGCUCUGACAGUCGCGCUGCACAAAAACAAAAGCAGCACUUUCAGACUGUGAAUCAUGCCCGUGUGCUUUGGGACGUUAAGCGCAAACCAAAGGGAAUACUUGGCGGACAAUUAAACAUACGCAGCCUUAUUCCCAAACGGGAUCAGGUUUCUGCACUUCUCCUGGACUCGAACCUAGACUACCUCUGUUUGACAGAAUCCUGGCUUCACUGUAAUAUACCAACUACCAUGAUAGAUAUUGCCGGGUUUUCCUCUCUUUCAAAGGUGAAUUAUGGAGCUACUAGCUCUGUGUUAAGUAAUAAACUUCAGUAUCCCUCUUUUGUAAGAACAAUCCCUUGCAACAAAAACCUGAUAGAGAUGAUUAUUCACAUCAUACGGUGGUUUGGAUGGAACUGGGUUGCCUUUCUUGGUAGCCAAGAUGAUUACAGUUCAGACGGACUAAAGCUGUUUAACGAGUAUAUAAGCAAUACUGGCAUUUGUCUGGCCUAUCAAGAGCGUCUAAGUCUAAAUGCAAACUACAGUCUAACACUUCAAAAGAUUGAUAUGCUAAACAUCAAUGUUAUUGUUGUUUUUGCUGUGCCACAAUAUGCAAGCAAAAUUAUCAAAGCAGCCAUAGCAAACAACAUCCAAGACAAAGUAUGGAUUGCAAGUCAGGCAUGGUCUAUGAAUCAACAGAUUCCAAGAGAGCCAGGAAUUGGGAAAAUUGGCACAAUCAUUGGUAUUACCGAAAGAUUGUUGUCAUUGCCUGGAUUUAAUGAAUUUGUCUAUAAAGACAGGAGAACAACUGAUGUUAACCAUUAUGAAGAGAGUGACAUCCAGAGUACAAGUAGGACGUGUAAUCAAGUUUGUGAUUACUGCACAAUGUUGACCGCAGAGGAGAUUAUAAAUGAAAAUCCCACAUUCUCCUUUGCCAUCUAUGCUGCCAUAUAUACCAUAGCUCAUGCUUUACAUAAAGUUCUGCAGUGCGACAUGAAUGAAUGCCGCAAAAACACACCGGUUAAGCCAUACAUGCUUCUGGGAGAAAUAAAGAAGUUGGAUUUUCCACUCAAUGGCCGUCAGGUGAAAUAUGAUGAUAAUUAUGAUCCAACCAUCAGUUAUGCAGUUGUGCUCUGGCACACUGAUGUGAAUCCUCCACAGUUUGAGAUGGUGGGCACAUAUGAUACAUAUCCAGAAGUGACUUUUACCAUCAACAACUCUCUCCUGCCCUGGCAUAACAAUGGUUCUGUUCCUUUCUCAAACUGCUCUGCUGAGUGUAAGGAGGGAUUUUCAAGGCAACCUGAAGGUUUUCAUAGUUGCUGUUUUACGUGUAAAGAAUGCCCAUGCAAUAGCUAUGUGAAUUAUUCUCAAUCAUCCAAUCUGGCGGAUAGUGCUCUUCUGGCUUCAAGCCAGGAAGAGCAGGAUGUGGCUGUGCAGGGUGAAUACAUUCUUAUGGAGCCCUCGCUGCCUGCCUGCCCUGCAUACAGUGACUUGCUGGAGGUUAUGGCUAUAUUAUCUUUCGCGGAAGCACGAAAAUACCACAGAUUGCUCGCGGCAGAUUAG